CUGGAUGGCAGUUCCCACUUGGGAAGAAUCGACUUUUCGUUUGGCGGAGUAGGACGAAACAUGGCAGAUUGUUUGGCUAGACUAGACCACGACCCUCUCUUCAUUUCAGCCAUUGGAAAGGAUUCUCAUGGCAGCACCCUGUUACAUCACAAUUCGAAACUGGAUCCACUAGGUAUUGCCGUAAUUCCAGAGUCUUCCACUGCCACCUUUUGUGCCAUCGUGGACAGAGAGGGGGAGUUCCUGUUUGGUAUAGGAGAUCUAGAUGUUCAUAGCUACAUCACAGUUAAACACGUUCAACAGUUUGAGGAGCGACUAAAGGAAGCGCCUCUUGUGGUAUUUGAUGGAAACAUUCCAGUUCAGACGAUGGAAUACCUUCUCUGUUUAUGUCACGAGUAUAAGAUACCAGCAUGGUUCGAGCCAACAGAUAUUCAUAAGGCGGGCAUACCUUUUCUUCUACCAAACGGUACGUGGAAAGUGUUGACUUACGCUUCUCCAAACAUUAACGAACUUCGAGUGAUGCACAAAGCCCUCUGUGGCCAGUUUAUUAACGAAACAAAUAGCACUGAUCUCGACACUAUGUGUAAAGAGUGCGUACAGCUGAGCCUCCCGUUCUUAGAACACAUGCACACCCUAGUGGUGACAUUGGGCAGUAAGGGAAUGAUGCUCGUAACAACUCUGGAAGACGAUGGAAGCAGUUUUCCUGUAUGCCAAAGUUCAUCAGCUGCUAAAAAGGGUAAUGUAAGGGCUAUUUACUACCCGCCAGUUGUGCCUGAAAAGGUCGUCAGUGUCGUGGGAGCUGGUGACUGCUUAGCAUCAGGCAUUAUGAGCGGAAUACUUCGAAAACAAAACGUUCUGACCUGUGUUCAAAGUGGAAUUCAAGCAGCGGCCAUGUCUCUUGUAUCCCAUCAUGCUGUCCCUCAGAGCAUAUCACGUGAAAGUAUACAUAUCUUCGUAAAACCACCAUUAGGGAUCUGGAAUCCGAAAGUUAUAUACUGACAAAAAUUAAAUUUUCUUACACUUUAUUUUUCUUUAUUUGCAAUUUUUGUAUGUUUAUUAUUUCGAAUAUUGACUGUUUGUUAAGUAUUAUCUGCAGUUAUAAAUAAUCAAGAAAGUCAACGAAUGUAAGUAAAGGCUCAAAGAAACACCUAAACGAAUGUCACAUUAGUAUUAGCAUAAAAUUUAUCCCUAAAAGAUUGGGUUUCUUAUUUUAAUAACUUGUAGUUGUGUAUACAUUGCGAGUUAUUUAUAAAAUUUAGUAAGUCGAGAUGAAAUGUCACAUGAAUUAAAAUUCAAAAAGAAAAUUAUUGUUAACUCCCUUAACAAAAAAUGUUUUAAUAAUAUAUAAGUAAUAUUAUUGCACUAGAGCCAUCUAUGGAGCGAUUUUGUAAGCUGUAUGAUUUUGAUUUUAGAUUCCACCCCAAUCUACCUAUAGAUGACGCUAAAUGAUAUGAAAGAAAAUAUGACGCACUAUGCAACUGAGACAUACUUUCAAUGACAUUUUUUCACCAGUCGCGUUAAUAAAAGGUUAAAUGUAAGCGCAUUUACGAAAUAAUGAAAAAAAAAUGUGUUCAAAAUGGGUAAAGCACACAAGUAUUAAAGUGAUAGAAACUGGAUUUUAGAAAUUAAAAGGACACAGAAAAGUAAUGAACAUAAAUUCGAAAAAUGAUAAAAUAGUAAUUUAAUAAUAAUAAUGAUGAUCGGGGAAAUAUAUUUCUAUCGCUUUAAUAUUAGUUUUCCAUUUUUAAAAUUGUUUUUAGAACCGCUUCAACAAUGUUCCUUCUAACAAUAUUUUUGCUAACGUGCUCCAUGAACUACGUACGUAAUUUAGAAUCUCUUUAUAUUCAACUAUUCUGUCUAAGCCUUUUUUCAAUGUAACACGGUUUUAACUGCCAGAAACUUUGCAAAUAAAUAUAAAGUUUUGUCAUAGGCGUGUGUUUUACCAAUUUUGAACACCUUUUUGUCAUUAUUUUUUUCACGUCUUGUGGUCUUUCCUACUGUGUGUUUUUCUAAGCGCAUUUACGUUCAUCUGAGUAACAUGUAACCUCAAUUAUUUUUAUCACCUAUAAUUGACCUCCACUGAUCACAAAAUGUGUUAUUUAAUGAAUUUUCGUUGUAAUCUGUUCUACAUUCCUUAGAAUGCUAUUUUAAGGAAGUAUGUUCGGAGAAAAAUGAAACUCAAGGUAUAAAUAAAACGCACCAAUAUUGUACUUUAUACAGUCAGAAGGUGGACUAUUUUCACCAUCAGGGGUCCCAAUAUCACGGGUUUUAAAUUACCUUCACUUGUCAUGUUAUUUUGUAAAUCAAGUAAAGUGUAGUGGACAUCUAACACAAAACAAAAACGUAUUACUUACAUAAAAAAUAUGAAACUUUGUCAUAAUUUUUAUACAUUUUAUUUUUAUGGUUGCCAUAAUUUUCACUUUACUUUACUUUACUUUAGAGUAUAUUUCUAUUUUUACCAGUUUCGUGUGAUUGUGAACGACCUGCCAUGUGUAUUUGGUGACGACAAACCAAAAAACCUCGUCUUUGUUUACCAAUUAUCCUAGAUUUGUAUGCAUAUUACUAGUUUCAAUUCACUUUUUAUCCCCCCCCCCCCAGUAGAACAGAGGUAUGUCUGCUGACUUACAACGCUCAAAACCAGGUUUCGAUACUCGUGGUGGGCAGAGCACAGAUAGCCCAUUGUGUAGCUUUGUGUUUAACUACAAACUAGACACUUUUUAUUUUUAACAAAUUACUUGUUCAGUAAUCUGGUCCCUACCAAAACCAGUUUUGAAGUGCAAAAUAUAAUUAUUGUUAUUGUAGUGUUUAAUAUAUAUAUAUACUAUUUUUUUUUAU